AUGAUACUCUCUAAAAAGAGUGUCAUCGCCUUUGUGGCUUUAGGCGCGCAAGCCUUGGGGGCUAUCAUCCCCGAUGAAGCCUUGAUUGCGCGAGCCACGACAUCUCUUGCAAACGCUACUUCAGCUAUUUCCACUGCGACUUCAUCUAAUGCGCCCUCAUCCACUUCGACCUUGCCGCCUGCUGACGGAGAUUGCGAUAACGGCCCAAACACUCGACAGUGUUGGGAAGGCGACUACAGUCUUUCCGACGACUUUGAUGAAAAGACGCCUCCUGCUGGAAAUGUUGUCUCCUACAAUUUGGUCCUGAGAGAUUACACCUGCGAAGAAGUGGCGGCGAUCUCACCUAGUGUUGGUGAUGGCAGUACUGAGUGCACGAGCAUGCAGCUUUUCAACGGACAGUAUCCAGGUCCGGUUCUCAGAGGAAAAUGGGGAGACACUUUCCAGAUCACCGUCACGAACGAAUUGGAAAGCAACGGGACUAGCAUCCACUGGCACGGCAUCCGGCAGCUGAACAACUGCCCACAUGACGGUGUGAAUGGUGUUACCGAGUGCCCUAUUCCGCCUGGGCAUUCUUAUACGUAUGUCUGGAAAGCUACCCAAUAUGGAAGCACAUGGUACCACAGCCAUCAUAGUGCACAGUAUGGCAAUGGAGUUCUUGGAUCCAUUGUCAUUGAUGGCCCAGCAAGUGAAAACUACGAUAUCGAUCUCGGCCCAUUGCCCCUUACGGACCACUACAAUGAAACAGCCUGGUACCUCAACUCGUAUAAUCUGCACAACCUUCCACCCUAUCCGCCUGACAACAUCCUUGUCAAUGGCACUGCCGUAAACGAGCAGGGGGCCGGAAGGUACAAUAUUGUCAGCGUUCAGAAGAACAAAAAAUACCGUCUGCGGCUCAUCAACAUGUCGGUCGACACCAUGAUGGUUUUCUCGAUCCAGGGGCAUGACUUUAAACUUAUAACUUCCGACCUGGUUCCCAUCAAACCGAUUACAGUGAAUUCUGUACUGAUAGCUAUUGGUCAGCGCUACGACAUUGUCUUCGAAACCGAUCAGGAUGUAGACAAUUAUUGGAUGUUUGUCCAGACGGCGACCAACUGCAACAGUGCCACGAGUUUUGCUAGCUCCACGAUCGUACAAGGAGGUGUUUUGAGCUAUGAAGGCGCAAGUACUUCUUUGCCAGCAUAUGCAAGUCCUCCGGCACUUCCGGCUGCAGGAAUCUGCGUGGACCAACCUGAUCUCAAGCCGUGGUGGUCAGAGCAGAUACCAUCAGACGACUUUUUAAGAACCGUCUCAGGCAUUGAUGUCGUCUUCAAUGGGACUGCUUUGAGCGACAAUCUUGUGCAAUGGGCCAUCAACGGCAGCGCAAUGAACAUCGACUGGUCAGCCCCAACAUUGCAAUACGUUGCAGACAAGAAGAUCAGCCAGAUACCAAGAAGCUACAACGUUUUCAACAUGACUAACCACAACCAGUGGUAUUACUGGAUCAUUACAAACGAAAGCGGCGGACUCGCUCAUCCUAUUCAUUUACACGGACACGAUGCUUACGUAUUAUACCAGAGCAGCACACAUUGGGAUGGCAAUAUUGGUUCUUUGACACUCGACAAUCCCAUGCGCCGCGACGUCUACAUCUUACCAGCCAAUGGGCAACUCAUUCUCGCUUUCCCGGCAGACAACCCCGGGGCAUGGCUUAUGCACUGUCACAUUGCGUGGCACGUUACUGAUGGUUUAUCCCUCCAAUUUCUGGAGACACCGGAACUUUUUGCUUUCGACAGCAGCGUUAUCAACCCAAACUGCGAAGCCUGGAGAGAGUACUGGAAUGGUCCGCACCCGUAUGAAAAAGAGGUGGGGGACUCAGGCUUGUAAUUUAAACUCAUUACAGUCUAAGGAGCCGCACACUUGAAUUCCAUAUCGAAACUGAUUACUCAAGGGUAAUAGCAUGGAGUGGAUCUGUGUUGAAGGUUG